AUGCUCGAGGAGCCGGUUCCAGGGCGGGGCCUUCUACGGCGGGGUUGGGGGGGCAGUCUGUUCACAGAGCGCCUGCGCGGGCAGAGGGCGGUGGCUUGGGUUCUUGGUGGGUGCUGGCUUCCACUCCUUUCCGGAGGUGUGGACGCCGACCUCAGCGGAGAAACGCGACUGAGAAAUGAAGGGAAAAAUGAAACAUUAAAGCAGCAGUUAUGUACAGAUCCCAAAGGAACCAUGGCAACACCAGGUGACUGCCCCAGAAGUGAGUUGCAGGAGGAGGAGGACCCUGCCACGCAGGUUGAGGAGGAGCACCUCCAGGGGGCUGUGCACCCAGAGGAGUUUGUGGCCAUCGCAGACUAUUCUGCCACCGAUGAGACGCAGCUCAGCUUUUUGAGAGGAGAAAAGAUCCUCAUCCUGAGACAAACCACUGCGGACUGGUGGUGGGGUGAGCGUGCGGGCUGCUGUGGGUACAUCCCGGCGAACCACCUGGGGAAGCAGCUGGAGGACUGGGACCCCGAGGAUUCCUGGCAGGAUGAGGAGUACUUCGGCAGCUAUGGAACCCUGAAACUUCACUUGGAGAUGUUGGCAGACCAGCCUCGAACUACUAAGUACCAUAGCGUUAUCCUGCAGAAUAAAGAAUCCCUGAAAGACAAAGUGAUUCUGGACGUCGGCUGUGGGACUGGGAUCAUCAGCCUCUUCUGUGCACACUAUGCUCAGCCCAGAGCCGUGUUUGCGGUGGAGGCCAGUGAGAUGGCCCAGCACACGGGGCAGCUGGUCGUGCAGAAUGGCUUUGCUGAUAUCAUCACCGUGUUUCAGCAGAAGGUGGAAGACGUGGUGCUGCCGGAGAAGGUGGACGUGCUGGUGUCUGAGUGGAUGGGCACCUGCCUGCUGUUUGAGUUCAUGAUCGAGUCCAUCCUGUAUGCCCGGGACGCCUGGCUGAAGGAGGACGGGGUCAUCUGGCCGACCACAGCCGCCCUGCACCUGGUGCCCUGCAGCGCCGACAGGGACUACCGCAGCAAGGUGCUCUUCUGGGACAACGCCUAUGAGUUCGACCUCAGCCCUCUCAAAUCUUUAGCAAUUAAGGAGUUUUUUUCGAAGCCCAAGUAUAACCACAUUUUGAAACCAGACGACUGUCUAUCUGAGCCAUGCACCAUAUUACAGUUGGACAUGAGAACUGUGCAGGUCACCGACCUCGAGACGAUGAAAGGCGAGCUGCACUUUGACAUACAGAAGGCAGGCACGCUGCAUGGAUUCACAGCCUGGUUCAGCGUCCAGUUUCAGAACCUGGAGGAGGACGAGCCACAGCUGGUGCUGAGCACCGGCCCGCUGCACCCCACCACCCACUGGAAGCAGGUGCUGUUCAUGAUGGAUGAGCCCGUCCCUGUCCUUGUGGGAGAUGUGGUCACGGGCGCAGUGGUGUUACAAAGGAACCCCGUGUGGAGGCGACACAUGUCUGUCACCCUGAGCUGGUCCAUCACUUCUGCACAAGACCCUGCGUUACAAAAAGUUGGGGAGAAAGUCUUUCCCAUCUGGAGAUGACAGAGCAGCUCUGUGGGGGAUGUCCACUGCAUCCUGGGGGACAUACGUGACUCCACGGAGUGACUCCUGGAUGGAUGCGUGUCCUGGGAAAGCCAUGGACUUACUCCAGGAUGG